GUUGGAUCCAUCAAAAGCUCUUUUGCCGCGGAUGUCGAAGAUGCCAUCUCUGCCGCUGAGCAAGGUCGGCGCGAUCCGCGACGCCGUCCGCCGCAAGUCCGUGGGCCUCGUGGGCUUCAACUCGGUCACGACGCUCUUCGGGCGCGGCCAGAGCACGAGCAGCCCCUCCUCGACGUCGCAGAGUCAGGGCGAAUUCGCCGAGGACGACGAGGAAAACAUGCUGUCGCCGACGGGCUCGUCGAUGCCCAACCGCGGCUCGCGCGGCUCGGGCGAGCGCAUCUCGGGCUCCAAAACGGAGAAGCCCACGACCUUGGUCGCGUCCUCAAAUUACGUCGAGCCACCCGAGCCGCGAGCACCACCCCCGGGCGGCCUCGUCGAAUCGGUCAAGGUCAACGUGCAAGCCAAGAUGGAGGAGAUGCUCGAUCUCUACCGCGACGAGAGCCCGUGCGAGGACACGAUGAUCGAGUGCAACCUCUUCAUGUCGCGUUCCGUCUCGCACGCCGACCGCCUCCUCGUGUUUGUCGGCGACAGCGGCGGGUCGCCCGCGGGUAUCUGGAGCUCCAAGCUUUGUGUGCGCUCGGGCUCGGAAGGCGGUGGCAUCCACCACGGCAGUCUCGGGUCCAUGCUGCCGUACCUCAUUCGCGCGCGCGACGACCUCUUUGGCAUCAUGGUCUACGACGACGUCUUUAAAGAGUCGCCCGUGCCCAACACGUCUGUCAUGAAGUGCGCCAUCGACCGCUUCAUCUCGGCGUGGCGCGAUCACGUCGACACGUCGCAGGCCUCCCACGUGUUUGUCAUUGCGUACGGCGACGGCGGCCGGCUCCUCGUCGACUCGAUGCGGCACCAUCUCAAGGAGAUGAAGCGGCUUUUGAGUGGCAUCGCCUUUAUCCAGUCGACGCAUUGCGUGCACGCCAAGGACUCGUACCUGCUGCGCAAGACGAUUGCGCAGUGGGCCGUCUCGUACGUUGCGUCGGCCGAGCCCCAGCUCACGCGGCUCAAGCCCAAAGAGUACGACGCGGGCUGCAUUGUCCUCUCGGCCGGCUACGAGCUCUCGGACAUUGAAGUGCUCCAGUCGGUCAUGCACUCGGUCUUUUCGACGUUCAAGGCGCGCUACGCCGGCUUCCGCAUCUCGACGGUCUCGGGCGGCAUGGAGAAGAUGUGCUACAACUGCAAGCAGCCGUUCAACAUGCGUCGGUGGCGGCGUCACUGCCGGACAUGCCAAUCCGCGGUCUGCGAGAAGUGCAGCUCGAUGGAGACGACCAAGCUCGAGGGCAGCGUCCGGCUCUGCGUCACGUGCAAGUGCCUUCCGUCGCUCAUCUCGUGGAGCCGGCCGCGUGCGGUCCGCCUUGGCGAGAAGGAGUCGGUCUUUGAGGACUCUGCGAUGCCCGGCAAGAUGUCGGUCAACGACUUCGAGCUCGUGAGCGUGAUUGGGCGGGGUGCGUGCGGCACGGUGCUCCUCGUGCAAAAGAAGGACGUUGGCAAGCACGACGACGGCAAGCUCUACGCGAUGAAGGUGCUCAAGAAGGACUGGGUCAUGAACAAGGACCUCGUGACGCAGACAAUGGCCGAGCGCCGCAUCCUGCAAGAGGCCAACCACCCGUACAUUGUGCAGCUGCGCUACGCGUUCCAAAACAAGGACAAGCUGUACAUGGUCAUGGACUACUACAGCGGCGGCUCGCUGCGCCAAGUGCUCCGUCGCCGCGGCCGCUUUAGCAUCAAACGCGCGCGCUUUUACCUCGCCGAGAUUUUGCUUGCGAUUGCGCAUCUGCAUGCGUCCAACAUUCUCUACCGCGAUCUCAAGCUCGAAAACAUUGUCCUCACCGCCGACGGCAACGUUGCGUGCACGGACUUUGGCUUGUCCAAGGAAGAAGUCGACAAGGAGACGGGCCGCGCGUCGUCAUUCGUCGGCACGUGCGAGUACCUCGCGCCCGAGAUCAUUCUCAAGGAGCCGUACGGCACGGCCGUCGACUGGUGGGCCUUUGGCAUCCUCAUGUACGAGAUGAUCCAAGGCGACUCGCCGUUCCGACACCAGAACCCGGCCGUGCUCUUUGAGAAGAUCCUCAACGACGAGUGCGUCUUUAGCGAGCGCUUCACGCCGGACGCCAAGGACCUCGUGUCGCGCUUGCUCGACAAGGAUGCGGGCACGCGGCUUGGGUCGGGGCCGCUCGGCGCUGAAGAAAUCAAGCGCCACGAAUUCUUUGCCGACGUUGACUGGACGGGCCUCAUGGCGCAGACCGUCGAUGUGCCGCGGCCGCCGCAUCGCCAAGAAGACGUGACGCCCGAGAGCUGUCUGAGUCGCGCGAUUGCCAAGACGCGCGAGGCGCGCGAAGAGCUCAUGCCCGACUCGCCCGUCGCGAUGCCGUCGUCGCCCACCAACACGUCGGGCAAGCACUUUGACCGCUUCUCGUACCUCGGCGACCAAUCGCAAGAGUUUCAAGCAACGCUCAAGGACCUCCGCGACGCUCAAGCCGGCAACGAACACGCUAUGAUCCUCGAGGAAGAAGAAGACCACUAUGAGGAAGACCCGCCCGAGCCGUCCACGCCGCCGCCGACUACGCCUACCGAGCCGUCCACGCCCACGGGUCCUUCAACACCCACGGGACCGCUGACGCCCACGGGACCGCUGACGCCCAAGGAGCCGCUGACGCCCAAGGAGCCGCUGACGCCCAAGGGUCCGUCGACGCCCAAGGAGGUACACGGGCACAUUGGCACGUUUGACGACGACGAGGACGACGACGAGGACGACGACGACUUUGAGGAGUUCCAGGUCAAGAGGCCCGAGCCCGUCGUACCCAAGGUCGUCGCCGUCGAUAACAUUACUAGUUUUGAGUUGUAAAGUUGAUGAUGCAUAAGAAUAUGUAUGAGUCCACACGAAA